UCUCUAGAUAUACGUAUGUCUAUAUUUGUUGCAGAUUAAGUUAUGAAAGUGUGUAUUUUUUUUUAAAAAAAUAUGGAUAUUAUUGAAUAAUUUAAUUUUGGAUCUGAGAUGACUGGGAAAUCUUCCUCAAGGGCGGGCAUGUGCUGAUGUUUUUUUUUUUUUUUUUAAUUUUUCUUAUAAUAAUAAAUUAUUUGUAAUACAUCAUAAUUAGAGUUGGUUUUAUACGAUUCCUGUUACUUUAUUCAUUUUCCAAGUGUCUUGUCGCGUGAUUGUUUGGUUUUCCACGUUGUUUCGUUUUCACGGAUCAGUUACCUAACUAUACAUCUCUGACUUGUCUAUUUAUCUCUAUAUAUAUAUGUAUGUAUGUAUUUAUAUAUGUCUAUGCAUUUUGGUCUAUCCAACUAACAAUUUCUCUUGGAUCUAGAUUUGCUCAAAGGGCCAGGUUUAGUUUGGAAAUGGCAAAAGGUACCAGGGGAAGACGCAGGAUUGCCUCACGACAGUGCAGGGCAACCCCAUAUCCAUUGCCAUCAUGUAAUCACGACGCAAUCGAGGGCAUGAACCCGAAGAAAUGCUCAAAAAUCUUGGAGAAGAAAGACUGGGAAGAUGCAACCUGUUCUGUAUGCAUGGAGUAUCCACACAAUGCUGUUCUUCUCUUGUGCUCCUCUCACGACAAGGGUUGUCGUCCCUACAUGUGUGGCACGAGCUUUCGUUAUUCUAACUGCCUAGAUCAGUACAAGAAAGCCUACACUAAAGUGACAUCAACCCAUCACGAGCAACCCUCACAAGACUCGGUUGAUAAUUCAGUUGUGGGCUCCAUUACUAGUUGGCCUGUUGAGAAGUGUGAAGCAACGGAGCUUGCAUGCCCCCUUUGCAGGGGCCAGGUGAAGGGAUGGACUGUAGUUGAACCUGCACGGGAGUAUCUAAAUGCUAAGAAGAGAAGCUGCACACAGGAUAACUGCUCGUUCAUUGGAACAUACAAAGAGUUGAGGAAACACGUGAGGGCAGAGCAUCCUUCUGCUCGGCCACGGGAAGUGGAUCCUGCUCUUGAACAAAAAUGGAGGCGCCUCGAGCAUGAUCGAGAGCGGGAUGAUGUGAUCAGCACGAUAAGGUCGUCGAUGCCUGGGGCAAUGGUUUUUGGUGAUUACGUGAUAGAAGGAAGUCAUUAUGGUUUUGAUACGGACGAAGAGGAUGGUUUUGAUGUGGAUGUUGGAGAGAGGAAUGCAGGUUUUGAACUGGGAAUCAAUAGCAAUUUGGUCAAUGUUUUUCUCCUAUUGCACGCGUUUGGUGGGCCAGGCGGAAACGUUGGCCAGAAUCGAGGAAUGAGGCAGCACGAGAGGGAUUCUGACCGCGCAUUAGAUGGUGGAGGUGGUGUUGGGUUUGGCCACACCUCUCCUGUUGGUGGUUUUGAUUUGUCCGAUGAAGAUAGUGACAGUCACAAUGAUAACGAUGGUGACAAUGACGGUAUAUCACUGGUUCACCGCCUCCGCCGCCAGGGAAGGAUUCUGUUGGGACGGUCGGGGAGGAGACGAAGGCGUAGAGAAGCCAGUGGAGGCCGGAGAUAGCUCUAAAUGUAAUGGAAAAAGAAUGGAAUUGGGAGAAAAAUAGCGGGGGCUUUUUAGUUUAGGAAAGAUAAAAUCAAUAGUACUUUUUAAAAAUUUGGAAAGCAUAAUUUCAUUUAAAUCUGGGUUUAAAAAUGGAUGAUGUCCAAUAGAAUGACGACUGAGAAUGGAAGGUGGAAAAAAAUCUGUUUUUCCCAUUGUUGUAAUUUCAUUGUUCCAUUUUUUUUAUUAUUGUUUUACAUCACUGAAAGUUCUGAUAUGUGAAUUUCACUACUGUAAACAUGUAAUUAAUUCUCUC